AUGCCAGGACUGCGAUGCGGGUUAUGGUCAAAUCAGAUUCUAUUCCGAGCCUUGCGAUAUGUAAGCCACGAGUUUUUGAAAAAGUGAAAUUAAAGUACCUUAAAAAGUACUUAAAAAAUUGAAACCCGAAUACAAAAAAGUGCGAUUUUUUUAAAGCGCCACUCAAAGCGGGACCUCUGGAUGUGUUCUCCAAUUAUUUCAAAACUGCCCUUUAGAUAAGGGGCAGAAAAUCAAAUUGUGUUUCACUUCAACGACACGAUCGGCACAGCGAAAUUGUGCUCAUUAUUUUCCCGACAGAGCCAUUCAUUGUUCUAGAUUCAAAUCCACAAGGGCGAAAUUGCGUCAACAUUCGAAGAAAUCCGACCUGGCGAACUGGCCGAGACCGAAAACGGAUGGUUCAUCACAACCACUGCGCAGAAUUCCGAGGUAUUAUAAUUUCGACAUGUUCCUUAGAGAACUUACGCCUUGAAUCUUUAUUCCCGUUUCGUUUCAGGGAUCCGGUACGGUUGACAUCUCCAUCUCUUGCUCUUUUAACGAGCUCGUAGGCGAACGAAUGGAAGAGCUCGUAGACAAACGAAUGGACAGCUCCGGUCCAGGUUUUACGGUGUCUGAAUGA